AUGGUGUUCAUGGUUGAAUGAAGUUUUGUUACGCGAGAGAAACGAGAAACGAGCUCCAGGUCGAAAAAGAGCUUUUAUCAUCGGUUUAUCCGUUUAUAGGUGACCCGAUCUCAUCUACGGAUGAGUCUAAAUCCAGUGUUUAUAUAUUUAUUUUAUUUUAUUUUUUCAUUAUAUUUGCCUCUCUGAUCUCGAGAAAUGAUCAUUGUUGUGUGUGCGCGCGCGUGUAUUUGUGAAUUUACUAACGGGAAUUCACGCAUGAUGUAGUAGUGGACAAAAAAACGCGCGAGACAGUGAGCACAACAAAAAUAAUUGACAAAUGAGCUUGCAAUGUGAUACGCUAAUGAGAAUGGGAAGCUUCCACUCUGCGGACGAUUACUUUUACUACAAUACAUCAUUAUUACGAUCAUUAUUAGAAAUAACGUUGUUGAGUUGUACUCGGUGUUGUAUAGCAUAGGAAUGAUAUCUCCGUCUAAGGUCAAGCAUCAGCAGCACAAGCAACCGUCACGGGACAUCUCGGACAUCCACUCUCAUGUCCGUUUGCAAAGAGGACGCAAACCGCUGGAAAAAAAAUCUUUCUAUCUGGAUAUAAAAAACCACAGACUUUUAGCGAGCUUGGAAGAAAAAAUCAAAGUCUUGGGUGGGGUGAUAGAAUUAUUUUUAGUGAAAAGUGUGACACUGGUGGUGAGCGAUAGAGCGGACAAGUUUGGUCAAAACAGCUGUGAUAAAAAAAAAUGGGGUUACGGCAGUGGAGAGAGCGGGGGACCCCCCUCGCUGAGGAGUAUAGAGGUCCGAACACCGAUAUCAACACCUCCAACACCUUAUGGUGGUGAAUACCCGCUAUCAAAUUCAACAAACAUCAGGAGUCAAACUGCCCACAGAUCGAAAUCGCGAGCGGAUGCAAUGUUGGAACGUGCUCUGACACAGCCGCAACAGUGUUCCGUAGAUCCGCUCAACAACGCCCAAAACUGGGGUAUACCGAUUUGGGCUCCAAAAAGACUGCAAGGCUGGCUUGAAAAGAUUUACGAAUCGCUCAAGGACUCUAGCAACUUGAAGCGCGACGUGGAUCAAUCGAAUACUGAAAAGAGUCUUAAAGUGAAGCAUCUUAAGAAUUCUUACAUAAAGUUUGAAUCCUUUAAACGGGAUACUCGACCAGUGUUUUUGGAGUUGCCAGUUUGGCCAAAGUUGAAUUUUGACGGUGAUUCGGGUACUUGUCCUUUCGAUACUCGAUUACGGGAGCAGAAAGUGUGCAAGGAAGAGACUGGAACAUUGAACAAACAAAAGGGCAAAGAAAUGACUCGUAGGCCACGCGCAGCCACAGCAACACGUGGUCGCAGGACAGAACAGCUGGUCGCUGGUUAUUGUGAAAUUUGUCGAAUCGAUUAUCGCGAUUUGUCCAAACAUUUGCAGAGCGACAAGCAUCUCGCCUUCGUCCGUAAUGACGACAACUUUUUGUCACUUGACAAUCUCAUUAAUUCAGGAGCCAGCGUUGAGGCCUUCCUCAGAGCAAAUGAAGUUGGGCAGGACUGCAACAUAUUUCCUGAUGGAGAUAAAACCCUUCACAGCGUCGACAUUGACGACGAGAAGGUGAAAAGCAACGCGAAGACGGAUUUGUCAAAUUUUUCUGUCGAAGAUAUUAAGAUGGUUCAAUGUAACGGUGCUCGACGAAAUAUCAAUUUAAAAUUGAGCUCGCCUCACAAUUUACGUACGCGAUCAAAGAAAGAGAGUGGACAUUUGUUACGUUCCAAGGGAAGUCCGUGGCACGAAGUUUCGGACAAGAAUGACAAGUUUUACGAUAAAUUGGAAGGUUUUACGAUUAAGAAACGAGCCAAGGGUACAAUAUGGAUCGAGGAGGAUGAGAAUCCGGUGAAAAAAUGUUCGAGGAUCGAGGAAAUAAAAGAGAUCGAUGGCGUCAAUGAGAAAUUGAAUAAAGCUUCGAUUACCGGAGACAACAAUUUCUCGUGCCAGAGUAAAGAAUUCCGGGAUCACAGUACGAAUAAAAAGUGUGAAUCAUUUGAAGAGCGCGUUUUGCCGAAACUCGAGAGAAAUGAUUUAGCGAUAGGCAGCGACGUUGAGAACGAUAGCAGCAGAAUAGUGAAUAUUCCACGAUUGGAGAAGGAAACGAGGAGCAACGAGGAGAUCGGCGGACGGAACGGUAUUCCAAAAGCUGAGGAUGUACGGAGAGUGAACGAGAGAAUUGCUGAUGAGUGUAAAAACGGUUUCAACGGUUUCGAGCCUGCCAAAGCGCCGGAAAGUUUUCCGGCUUCACAAUUGCCUGGCAAUUCAACCACCAACGACAUUGCAGCGACGACAACGUUAAACCACAAAUCACCUUUGCGCGAAAAUACAAAAGUCGAGGGGGGAAGCAGAGAACUUGAGAUCGUUUGCAACGGCGUAGUCGAUAAAAGUGAUAAAAUGGGACAAAAAAUUUCUAAAGAGUCAAAAGAAGAGAAACCGAAAGGUAGUAGAAUCGGUAAGAGGAGUGGUAGAGGCUUUCGCGGUAGACCGAGAUUAUCGGUUGAGGAACGUCUCAUAGAGGAUAAUCGAGCUUAUUACAAGGUUGAGGUUUUGGGCAAUAAACUGCGCUCGAGCACGGGUCCUUGGAGCGCGAGUACAACGACGAACAACGGUGCGUUGAAGAAUGCAACGGUAAACGAGGACGAGACGGCUCUGAACGCGACAACGGGGACGGGAAAAAUGGUCACUAACGAAAAUCCGGAAGUAGCGAGGCCGAACGACGAACCCUCGAGCGAAAAGCCCGUUGUCGUUCGUUUCAAGCGGGUGCGAAGAUCGGAAUUGUCACUGUUGAGCGACGAAGCUGAGUCGUUUAUGUUCGGAGAGCCAAAAAGAGACGAUGAAUCGAGCGAGGUAAGUGACGCUGAUCAGAGCAGUGUUAUGCCGAGGGAUACGGAGAGCAGCGAUUGGGACUCGAGUAAUGUUAACGCCACGAGAAAUAGUACGUUACCUAGUUCACCGGUGAAUUCCAGUUCGUCGGUGAAGCAGGAAAUCAUCGAGGAUGAUUCGCAGGAUAGCAUGUAUGCCGGAAGAGCCAGAAAAAGAAGAAGAACCCAGGCCGAAGCGUUGAUAAAGGACAACGAGGAUUAUUACAAAUUCGAAACACCAGGGAGUAGGUUAAGGUUUCAGACUCCGCUAAUGGGUCUAAAGGAACAUACCGAAAACCUCGAGAAUUCGUGUCAAUUGAAAGAACCUCAAGAGAUAAAAGGAGAAAAUGCGAAUGAAGACUCGGUACCGGUGGAAAAGCUUUAUCCGUCCAAGCCAUCGCCCGAGAUCGAGAAAAUGCAAUUUUCUUUCGAAGCUGUACCGCGCUCGGAGCCAUGGUAUCAGACUUAUCAGAGGCAAGACGAGGGUGCCGAAUUUUGGCAUUACUUCAGUGAAGCUGAUGAACGUAAACCGUUUCUUUUGCCCUACGAGAUUGAAAACUUUCACGAGAGACUAGCCAAGCUGUGUCAAAAGAGCGACACUCGAAGAAAAAAUCGUGGAAGGGGACGCAACGGCAUGGGCAGAUCGCCGCGGAAAAGUCCGCGCUGUCACGCCUCGACGCUUGCGAUAAUGUCGACGAUAAUUCGUAAACGAGAGCAGCAACAACAACCAGUUACGAAUUUGAGCGUUGUCGAGGAGGAAAGUUCACCGCGUUGCAGUAGUACGAAUCGAAACGACACGCCGAAACCUGAACAAAACAAACAGCAACAGCAGUCACAAGAACAACAGGCCCGAGAUCAAGAAAAAUCGGAUACUGACCUCGAAUUAAGGGAGAUCGCGAAGAGCAUCGAUGCGAUGCUCAGUGCCGAAACUAUCCCCGACCCUGAGGAUUCAUUCGAAGCGGUACUGCUCCAACAACAAGCGCACGAAAAAAGCCUCGAGGGUCCAACGUUGCAACCUGGGCCGCCGGCCGACCUUCUUGACUUGCUCGACAACUGUCACGAAUAUUUUAACUGCCUGGAGAACUCCUCGUGCGCGAGUUCCGAGUGCGGAGAAAUGGGCAAUAACACCGAGUCACCGUUGAAGAGAAGGAAAAAACGAAAAAACCGCACUGGCUGGCCGGGUAUUAAAAUGCGUAAAAAGAUGCAAGCCAAACAGCUCAUCGACGCUUACGUCGCAAGAGAAAGGUUGUUGGCAAAGAAAAUGAACGAAGGUAAGAGGACAAUAUUAUCGGCAGCGAGUGAAGAUACGAACGACGUUCUGCAGAGGUUGAAAGCAACGGGUGAUUCGACGACAGGAACGACCACGGAAAAGUGUGACGAAAAGGCUAAGAAUAACGAAGACACGGAAACGGAGAAGGUGGAAAACAACAGUGAAACUUCAAGCAAACGUGAAAACACAACGAGAAACACUGAAAAAUCAUUCGCCAGUGAGAUUACGGUCGUCGAGGGAGUGGAGCAAGGAACCCGAAGAAAAAGCAAGGAAAAUAGCGGCGUCGCUUUGCCUCCUCUUCAGUGCGAAACUGUGAGCGGUAGUGAGGAGAGUUCGUUGUUGCACAACGAGGAAAGUUUAGGACGUAAAAGUGCAUCGUUGAAGAUGAACGAAACAAUUUCACUAGCAAACGACGAGAAUCAUUGUCGCUCGGAUGUAAAUAAUUCUGUUACAACGAGGCAACUCGGGACGAAAAUUGCCACGCGUAAACGUCAACGUGUACACGAUACGUCGUCCGAAAUGAUUGAUUCUCGGCUUGAAAUCGAAAACAAUGAUAACUUGUAUAUUAAUAACGUUAAUUCGACGAUAAUAUCGCGAAAAAAUUAUAAUACGACGAACGGUAUAUCAAAGAGACGUCCACCGAAAGAUAGUACAACUGCCGUGACGACGGAAGCUCAUGAUGCCGAGCACAUUAUAGACCAUCACGAUGUAACAACGUGCCAAAAGGAUUCGCUGCUCCCAAGAAAAGUCAUACGAACGAGAAAACGUCAGCGUCGCGGUGGUAGCCUCAGAAACGAGCUUGAUUACGAGGAUGAAAAUUGUAAGAACGAUACUUAUACGAGUAGCAUUAAACCGACGAGUAAAACGGACAAUGUGCGGAGUGUUAAAGGACGCAACAACGAGGCUGUCACCUCGGAAACGUUGGAUUCCGACAUCGAGUGCCCGCUUGGUGAACGCGUGAGUCCAUCGUUGUUACCAACCACUGAAUUGCAAAGCCGGCGUUCGAGCAUAGAAUUUCAACCGGUCGUUAGGAUGAUGAAAAUCGAGGAUCAAGUCGAAAUGGAUCACAGUAUUUUGUCGGUUACGGUAGCGAGUAAUCGACGCUUGAGAAGCUCCAGCUCACCGAGAUCCAACGUUCAACCUGCCGCUAAACGGUACAAAAAAUCGAAAGGUCCUUUCGGUCGAUGGAUUAAAAACAGUUGAAAUCGCCGAUAGUUACCUCUCGUUUCGUUUUUCUCCCUGCCAUGUGUUUUUUACGUUGCUGCGAUAGCACCGAUUUCCAUUGUUCCAACGAGCAAUCUCAUUCUCUCUUUUUCUUUUUUUUUUUUUUGGUCAAAGUGACGAUAAGAAAUUGUUGUAAAUCGAUUCGAUUCGUUUCGCACGAAUCGUUUUUCUCCAUUCUUGUACAAAACGAACAAAAAUGGUAUUCGUGUAACGUAGCUGCUUAGUAUUUAACACCAUUGACACGUAGAUUUUAGUAUGAAUAUUAUAAUAAUUAUUAUUAUUGUACUAAGAGAAAAUAACGUUUAUGACCGUUCGUCGAUUGUUCCGGAGACGGUUGGUGAACGAAAUUACCGAUAAACGUCGUUGUUUGUACAUUUAUUUGCGAUGCGGUCAUUGUAUUUGUGUUCCCGCGUAGAACGAAUAUCAAUUAUGCAAAAUGUGUUUUUUUUUUGUAAUAUCUAUAUCUAUAUAUAUACAGAUAUAUGUUCGUUCUUUUUUUUCUAUUUCAUUCAUCCUCAUCCAACGAAAAUGUGUAAAACCAUUUUUCUUGCUCUUCGGUGCCACCGAGUAUCGAUUUUCGAUCAUAUUCUCUUUAUAUUUAUAUAUCGAUCUGUAUAUAUGAGUAUAAAUUGCUAAAACGAUACUUGAUCAUGAGACACGAAAGUCGACGCGACAAAUAUUCCUUACAUUUAUUAUACAUUUCUUAGAGUACGCAAGACUGCAUACAGCUUUACGAUAGAUUAUUGAUACUUUCGUUCUUUAUACAGCGUAAGCUGUUUAAUUGUAUAUGUGAUGAUUGUAUUCGAAGAAAAUGGCGAAAGACGAAAGGAAUCCUACGAGGAAUCAAUUACCUCAAAAAUACACUCUGAUCCGACUUUGGAAACAAAAACGAUACACAGACCUCAGUCUCCCUCUCGUUUCUGUCUCUAUCUCAUUUUCGGUGAUUCGAAAUCGACGUUGUGGAAAGGGGAGGAAACAAAACAAAAAGAUGAAUUAUUAAAAAUACAAAUUUUCCAUAAAUA